GCACGCGUGCACUACAGCAGCGUAUUAGUAUCUCGCCGGGCCAGCUUGUCAUGGCCAAUUGGUCGGUGAUGGAUCGCGAGUGGCCAUUUAACCAGUUCGAUCCCUACCAAUUCCCCUGCGACCAGUACUACCAGGAGAACCAGCAAGCGCCCCCAUGCAACCCGCCGGCUCAACCGCCUCUACCAACAAUGCCGCCGCCGCCGGCGCAGACUUUCCAGGCUCCUUCGCCGGCUCUUGCUGCCCUGCUGCACCAAGACCAGCCUUCCACUUCCAGAGGCCUCCCGUACCCUAACAUGCCACCACCACCGCUGCCUCGGGGAGACAACCCACGCGAAAUCCGCAAUAAAGCCGAGAAGCAACGGCGAGACAAGCUUAAUCAGUCCAUCGGGGAGUUGGCUUCCAUGGUGCCACCCGUCGUGGCCGCCAGCAGGAAAAUCGACAAGACCGGCGUCCUGCGUUUGACUGCACACUACUUACGAGCGCAUCAAUAUGUGUUUGGCGACUCGAUCGGGCACGAUGAACCGCAGUUCAGCGCUAUGUCUACGCGAGCGCUCCUCACGCUACUCAAUGGAUUCCUUCUCACCACCACGUACCGCGGUCUCAUCGUGGUUGUCUCGCAAAACGUUCAGAAAUAUUUGGGAUACUCAGAGCUCGACCUCUUGGGACAAAGUGUGUUUAACGUGAUCCACGAAGACGACCGCCAACUGAUGCGCGACCAGCUCAUGCCGAAGAAGCACAUGCUGGGGCCGAAUGGAGAACUACUGGUGCCAGAGGAGACGGAAGGCAAGAAGAAGGUGGCCGACGAGCUGGCUAACGAGAAAAGGAGGUUCAUCAUCAGAUUCAAGAAGCUAAGCCAGCGGUCGGAGCCGUGCCAGUAUGUGACGUGCCAUGUCGAGGGCUCGCUGCGCAAGUCGGACCGCGCAUGCCGCGGGUACAACCGCUGCUGCCAGAUGGUGCGACGCGCCCGCGCGCGCGGCGACAAUCCAUGCUCAAGCGGCAAUGAUAUCGUGUUUGUAGGUGUCGUGCGAGUGGCGACAGAGUCUUUCAUCAAGGAGAGUAACAUGGAGGCUCACCGCAUGGAGUACCGCACACGGCACUCCAUCGACGGACAGAUCAUUCAGACGGAACAGCGCAUCUCACUCGUCACUGGAUACAUGACGCACGAGGUCAAAGGAAUCAACGCCAUGAACUUCAUGCAUCGCGAUGACGUCCGAUGGGUGGUGAUUGCACUCAGAGAAAUGUACGACCAACACCGUCUGGUUGGCGAAUCGUGCUACCGUUUGAUGACCAAGAACGGCCAGUUCAUAUACAUGAAGACCAGGGGCCGUCUGGAAGUAGACCCCGCACAUUCGAGGGCCGUCACUAGCUUUGUGUGCACCAACACAGUCGUCGACGAACAUGAGGGAAAACAUUUGAUCAAAAUGAUGAAGAAGAAGUUUAUGCUGAUGGUCAAUAACAACGAGGAGCCGCCGGCGGAGGAGGAAACUAAGGAUGGCAGUGACCAAAGUCUGUCAGUAGAAGAUCCACGACAACUGGAAAAGGUGAUUUUGCACUUGGUGACCAACUUGCCGUCACCUCAAUCGGAGGAAGACCUCCGCGGUGAGUCGCCCGACCGCUCCGUGCCCGCUUCAGCUCGUCUCGCCAUCAUCCCGCCAAAGAAGGAGAGGAUCGUCAGUGCCAUAGAAAAGAUUUACAGUGUCAUCAAGACCUUCCCUAGCGAGAGCAACUCUCUGAAGCUCAAAGAACUGGACAGCGGCGACUCGGCGUCCGCGUCUAAUCAAGUCAUGACUUACCGCAACCCAUCAGCGUCCCACACGCCACAAAUGAACCCCGAACCGGCACCGCAAGUGGUUUUUACUCCUCCGAAAGAGCCUAAAUUGCCGAAUUUCAACGACGUUUACACGCGCCGUCACUCGGAGUCCACCGUGACGAUGCACGAUUUGAAUAAACUCCUGCCGCUCUCCGCUCUGCACAACAACGCGAUGUCAUUGGCGGAUAUGAGGGCUCACAACUUCACGUCGACGGCUACUUUGUCGGUGCAGACUGCCACCAACGAGCCGGGAGGGCAUACGUUCAAGUAUCGGCUCUUUGUGCGUCCUAACAACCCCGCCUUCCAGACGUCGGUGAUCGAUCGCUGCGUGCUCCUGCAGGGGCCGGCGCCCCUCGUCGCCGGGAACAAGCGCCCGAGGGAGUACACAGAUCUGGAUGCUCCCUACGCUCACACACAGCCAAAGAGGAGGUACAUUGAGGUGCAGAAAGAUGAGGACGCUCCCGUUGAUGCUCCGUUGUUGGACUCGUUGCUCGAUGAAGCUCUGAUUGCGUAUCCUCAAAUCGAGACGGUGAUUAAUUCGUUGGAGCAGAACAUUGAUCCAACAUUUCCUGAUUUACUGGUUUCUCAAGAAGUAGAAGAGAUUCUUCACGAAAUCGAAGAAGGCUCUGGCAACGACAAGACGGACACUUAAAUCAUUUUAGAAAUAUACGAGUAUAAAACGGUUCGAAUUUUAUUGGCACGUUUAAUCGUAUAAUCUCUUUAGAUACGUCGUGUCAUUUUUCAAUGGAUCUCUUUAAAAUGUUAAAUGUAAUCUUUCGGUACAGAACCAGUUUUACUUAUUAAUACUUAUCCAUGUUUAGUGUAGACCGAACAAUGUAACUUGUUUUAUUGGGUUUCAGUAGUGGAACUGUAUAAAUGUUAGAAUUGUAAGUAGGUAGGUACUAUCAUGAUAUUGGCAUUUUAGUACAACUUUUUGUUGUUGCUGAUUUUGUAUGAUUGAUCGGCGUUGGCUGAACUAGAUGUCAAUUUUAAAGCUCUAUAACUAACUUCACUUAUUUUAACAGUGUUUGAAUAACACCUCAGCAAACAACAUUAGUACCUAAUCUAGCUCAGCAUGCGAGAGUUUGUAUGCCAUGUAUGUUUCUUAAUGUUUUUGAUGUGUUAAGUUUUAAUUUUGAACCCUUUCUUUAACUAAUAUCUACACAUUUUAACCAUAAUGUCGCGACAAAUAAACUUGUCACAAUCGGAGAGUGGGUUGACUAAGUUAUCAAACGAAAACCUGUUGAUGUUAAUUAUUAAUUAGUUGAUGUUUUCUAUGUGUAUAAUUAUUUUUACUUUUCACUGUACAUACUACCAAGGAAGAGCAUCUUACAUUUUACGUUCGAGACAUACAGAAUCUUAAAUAUAAGUUUUUACAUAACGAUGUAUGUUAAUCAACUUAGUAAUUUAAGGUGACAAUGAUAAAUGUAUCAAUAUCAAUUGUUAUUUAAUUAGGGACAACUUCUUAGUAGAGUUGAUAUGUGUCCAGUAUAUUAAAUGUAUACCUAACUUAAGCUAACAAAUUAUUGACGUAACUUUUUAUGCCAAAGAAAUCAUCUAUCUACUAUGUACCAUUAACACCUACUUUGUUGGUGAAUUCAUUUCAGUACAAAAAAGUCACAGUACAAACUCUCUUUGACACAAAAUUGUAACAUCUUUAGUAGAUCUGGUCAGAGUAGAAUCAAAAUUCAACACUUAUUUAUGUAAUUUAUACAUAAGUUAUUCUCUAUACAAGCAUUGCAAGUAAAUAUUACUUGCAGUGGUUAUCUAUUCUGUAUCUUUAGGUAUAUUAUAGCGUAUAUUGGUGUAUAUUAAAUAAUUAUGUAUUUAAAGGAUGGUCUGCAAAAGGGUAAGGUAAUGUAGUUCUAAGUUCUCACAUAGUCAAGGCAUAUUCAUCAGCCUUAAAGAUAGUGUAGCUCCAUCAACGCAUCACUAUUGAUUGAUUAGAUGCUUGAACCAUUACCUUUGAUUGAUUUAUGAAUGUAUUGAGAGCUGUUGGUUAUAUCUGAAUAACAUACAUUUCUUUAUAUGUGUCAAGUUAGAAUAGAUUUUUGGACCCUUAUACCUGUAUCUUGAUAAUUUGAGUAUUUCAUAGUGCGAGAAUCGAGCUCAAGGUUUUGAAGUUAAUUUUUUUAGAAUUUCUUUAAUCGUGUAUCUCGUAAGACUGAGUAUUUUUAGCACUUGGGUUUUUAUAUGUUAAAUAUAUUUUAAGUAUUUUUACUUAGUUUUAAAAUUCAGCAUUUUGUAUAAUAACCUUGGCACUUUCAAAGAUUUUUGAGCCAAUAAUCGUACUGUAGUUCUACUUAUACAUACUCCCUUCUCUCUAGAAUACAUUGUAUUCAUGAUUACAUCGAUUCUGAUGCCAUUUUUAGUAACGAUUUAGCUUUAUUUGCCAUUGAUAGUUAUUUAAGUUAUCCACGGCCCGCUUGGUGGUUCGUGAACACCCGACACCAGUGGCGGGUUUGAAUCCUGCUGGGGACAAAUGUGUGAUGACCACGAGUAUUUGUACCCGGAGUUUGGUAUUUAUUUUCAGCUGUUUAAGUGUAUGUAUCCACUAUCUAGUCACCAUAGUACAAGCUCUGCUUAGCUAGGUGAUUGGUGUGAUGUUGGAACAAUUGUUUAAUUAUUUUCGUAAUCAUUUCGUGUAAGUUAAUCUUCAAUUGAAUACCGAAAUUCCCUAUAAUUUGUUUAUCAAUAGGGUACAUGUCACCACUAGUCCACUGACUUUAUUUUAAGAGCGAUCAAAACGGAGUAUAGGGGAGAGUUCGGUAUAUUGUACCGCCGGGUAAAUUGUACCACCCUCAUAUUUCGUAAAGUAUUUAUUGAAUGUCUGUAACUGCAACACUGAGCGAUACACAACUAAAUUCAUUGAAUAUCGGCCAUAUGGUUUUUGCCGUGACAAUUAUCACGUGUGUUUUAUUUUGAAAAGAUUUUUUUCAUUGUUUUCAAGUAACUUUUGAGAAUGCAUGUUUAGUUUGUAAUUUUGUUAAAUUAAAUCACACAGUGUUUCUAAUUUAUUAAUUAGAAGCGUAAAUUAGUGUGGAUUACAAUUAUUUGAAACAUUUUUCGGUAUUUAUAAGCUAUAUUUUUUACCGAUUUUUUAAAUGCACUAUCACCUAGUCGGUUAAAUUGUACCACAUCAAGUUGUAUGAAAAUUUUACCAAAGGAUUUUGAAAAAUGUUUAGUGAAUCAUAUUUUGAAGUUAUAAUAUCAUAGUUAUGUUUGACUAACAAUAAAUUAAAGCAAAAGACUGGCAAAGUAGAUUAGGUACAAGUGUGCGUUACGAUAAUUGGAAUUACAAAACUUGUACUCAAAAUUGUGAUAACGUGUAAAACAAUAUCAAUUGUCUAUGUUAUUAACUACUGUUCCUUUUCGUUACCUAAUUUGUUAAGAAUAUAUCGUAUAAUAUUUUGCCAUAGUUUUUUUAUAGGCUUGAAAUUUAUUGAAAUCCAAUUUAGCAACCCCGUGGUACAAAUUAUCGAACCGGUUGGCUAAAUUGGACCGAUGCUCUGAACUCGCAUUUUGUUGAUUUGUGCUAAAUAUACAACAAUCAUGUUGAUUAAUACCUAUGAAAUAGUAAGUUGAAUAAUUUAUCUUUUAGUAUAUACCAUGGACAUUAGCAAAAACAAAAGAAAACUAUGCGUAAAAUGGGAUUGAAAAAAACUGGUCCAAAUUACCGGACUCUCCCUUACUUAGUUAUUUUUUGUUAGUAAGUACUUUUAAAAUACGGCAUUCUGGCAGUACAGUGAUGUCAUUUACCCUAUUCCAUGAUUCAGCAUAGGAGGAACUUUACUAUGUAGAAAAAUAACCUGAUCUCGACCUAUGUCCAGCAUAUAUCAUAAACAUGCCUGCACAGUUAUAGUUUGAAUAAUUAUUAUCUUACGUAAUACGGGGUGGAGCAAGAGAAAUUAUCACUUUAUUUCUUACGGUUUCUUUAAAAUAAAUGACUUUUCGAAUGUAGAGUUGUAUAGCCUGACCAGGAACAUAAAAACCCUG